AUGGGCUUCAUCGCCGACCGCUUCGACCUGGAGAAGCAGGUGACGUUCUACCUGUCGUACCACGACAACAAGAUGAACCAGUACAUCCACCUGGCCUGCAUCUGGCCCAUCUUCGUGUCGGGGCUCAUGAUCCUCGCGCACACGCAGCCGCUGGCCGAGACGCCCUCCUUCGUGUCCUCGCUGCCCUACGGCGAGUACGCGGUGCUCAACUACUCGGCCGUCAUGGCCGCCGUCUACAUGGCCUGGUACGUCGCCCUGGACGUGUACGCGGGCUCGCUGGGCGCCGGCAUCAUCUCCGCGUGCUUCGUGGGCGCCAACUACUUCGUGGCCGAGGGCGCCAGCGCCCUGGGCGUGCACAGCAUGCACGCGGCGCUCGCCGUCCACGCCACGGCCUGGAUCCUGCAGUUUAUUGGCCACGGCGUCUUCGAGCGCCGCAAACCGGCGCUGUUCGACAGCCUGGACCAGGCGCUGAUCACCGCGCCCAUGUUCGUGCUGCUGGAGAUCCUCUUCCCGCUCGGAUACCGCCCCGAGCUCUACCAGCGCGUCAUGAAGCAGGUGCGCAUCAACGUCAAGAACUUCCAGGCCACCAAGACGCUUUAA